UUAGCAUUGAACUUGGUCGGGAGUUCGCGAAAAUCAGCGUGCCGCGUCUCAGCCGCUUUGUUCUUAGCUACGAAUUCUCAGUGUCCGUUUGUUUGGCAUAUAAUAUAUAUUUAUAUUUGAUCAUUAUGCUCCUUUUGCUGUGCACCGUUUUGCUGGUUGGCCUCGCCAGCGGCGCCUCCAAUUUCCCUGCUGAGCUGCCGCGUUGUCAUCAGAGCGACACCAACUGUAUCAUUGAGGUGACACACAAGCUAGUGCGUCAAUAUGCCCGCACCGGCUAUCCGGCAGCUGGAUUUCCACAGGUGGAGCCGUUCCUGGUCAAGCGCUUUGACAUCUCGGAUGGACGCACUGGCUCGCUGAGUCUGAAGCUUAACUUCCGCGAUGUCAACGUAGAGGGUUUGUCCGGCGUAAAGUUCGACCGAGCCGUCGGCUUUGACGCAAAUCCGUCGACCAGCAAGUUUGAGAUGUACGGCUCCUUUCCCAAGAUUGUGAUGCGUGGCAAGUACUUGGCCGAUGGACGCAUUCUGAUCCUGCCGAUUCGCGGCGAUGGCGAUGCUGAAAUCACACUGCACAAUCCCAAGUUUUCGGUCAAGUUCAAGCCGGCCGCCCAACCUCGCAAUGGUCUCACCUAUCUCAGCGUGGACAAACUUAAGGUGCUGGUCGAGCCACAAAAAAUGAACAUCAAGUUGACCAAUUUGUUCAAUGGCGACCAAGCGUUGGGCAACAAUCUAAAUCAGUUCCUCAAUGAUAACUGGUCGGAUGUCUGGAGUGAGCUGCAGCCGUCGAUUCAUGUGGCAAUUGCGGAUAUUAUGAAGAGUAUUCUGGCCACGCUGUUCAAGCGUUUCGCCUACGAGGAUAUGUUUCUGGAGGACUAAAGUCCCGACUCUAUCUUCAUGUGACAUUCAUAUAUAGUUGUAGCUCUUAGUAUUUAGAUUUUUACGUGUACGUGUACGAGUAUUUUUCUUGACAAACAUAUAAUUCGAUGGACUGUUUUUGCUGCUUAGGCAACGCUUUUGUAACUAAGUAAAGUUUAAGCAUUACAAUUAAUGAAUAAGCAAAAAACUUAAUAACUGAAUUAAACUAUGUUUUCUUUGCAACC